AUGGACCAGACUGUUGGCAUCCCAAGACCGUACUGCAGGGCGGGAGGACUCCGUGUCACCGAGUUGGUGGUAGCGUUGGGGUUCAACAACAUAAAAAAGCAGUUUGACGAUGGCUCCGAUGCCUGCGAGAGUGGCCCGAUCCCGCUGUCGCCUCUGAUGGCGAUGUGCACCGCCUCGGGCGAGUUCAUCCUCUCAGCCGCUUGGCCGUGCCACCUUGGCCACAAGCUGUAUCGCUGA